UGGUUUGACAGUUAAAAAGCGGGGUAUUUUUUUCGUUCUGCUGUCCUUUCCACAAAAUUUAUUUUAAUGUUACUAAAUUAACAUUACUAAUUAAAUUUAGUAGUAAAAUUACUAAUGAAAUUACCAGUCAUGUACUUACUGGUACAGUUCAGAUCUAGUUACCAGGAUAUUCUUUUUUAGCAUUAAAUUGAAAUGGAUCAAGCCAGCGAAUAGAAAUAAAUAUAUUACUAUUAAUAUAAUCUUCACCGAAACGGAUGCCAGAACUAACUGUAACUUCAGAAAUAUAUGAGGAGUAUGACUAUAAAACUAAAAGACCACCAAAUACAGAAGGAAAUGUCAUCUCAGAGUUUCCUUUUCUUCUCCCGACGAGUAUUGUUAGCGCCAAAUUUGACGAAGACAAGGAUUUGGACAUCGAGAGACCUCAAAAGGAAAUUAUCAAAAUAGAACAUAGUGCAAGGACAGAACUGGCUUUAGUCGGCUUGCAAGUAUGGAGGGGUGCAUUCCUGCUAGGCGACCUCUUGAUCCAUUUAGGGAUCAGCGGAAAACUGUCAGGAAAGACUGUAAUGGAGCUAGGAGCUGGCACUGGGUUGACUAGCUUCGUCGCGGCACUGUAUGCUAAGAAAGUUUUAUGUACAGAUAUGGACAUCGGCGGUAUACUAAAGCUAAUCAAAUUAAACGCUAAAUACAAUUCAAAAUUCAUCAAGUCAGAGUUCAAAGUUAUGCACCUGGAUUUCAAAGACAAGUGGAGUCAGGAUUUAGCUAAUGAAAUGAAACGAGUGGACGUCGUUAUUGCUGCAGAUGUGAUCUACGAUGAUGACGUCACCGCGGCCUUCGUGGCCACCAUACAAAAGAUUCUGAACACCGCGCCGCCGAAAACAUUGUAUGUGGUUCUAGAGAAACGCUAUGUGUUUACUAUAGAACAUAUGGAUUCAGUGGCGCCGUGCUACGAAACAUUCCUCGCCUUACUAGACAAAGUCAAAACGGGCAACGCUCAUUCCACUUGGACAGUCGAACAAUUACCACUCGACUUUCCUAAAUACUUCACCUACGAUCGCGUAAAGGAACUGGUCCUAUGGAAAAUCACUUCCAAACCCAAUUAGCAAAGACAAAACUGUGAUAAUAAUGUAAGAUGUAAUAAACGAA